GCGCUGCGGCGGGGGACAGCCUGCGGACCGUGGACCGCGCGCCCGCUCCGCUCGCCCCGCAUGGCCGGGAACGUGGAGGCGCCCGCGCCCGCGGGGCCCCAGCACCCGCCGGACAGGAGGGCGCGGGGCGGCUGGCCGGGCGGCGCCCGGGCCUGGGAGGACGCGGAGCACCAGGCCAAGAGGCCCAGGGGCAGCGAGGAGGAGGAGGAGCGGCGCCGGCUGCCCAAGCGCAAGAUCGUGCUGCUCAUGGCCUACGCGGGCAAGGGCUACCACGGCAUGCAGAGGAAUGUUGGGUCCUCACAAUUUAAGACAAUUGAAGAUGACUUGGUGUCUGCCCUCGUCCGCUCAGGCUGUAUCCCUGAAAAUCACGGUGAAGACAUGAGGAAGAUGUCCUUCCAGCGGUGCGCCCGGACAGACAAGGUGGGUGGCAGCACCUGGCCCACCUUCCCCCUUAGUCUCUGGUUGCUUUCAAGGCAGAAGUAAAAUAAAAAUUUGCCUGGCAACCUCAGACUCCUGGGACUGAAGAGGGUCACGGGCGGGUUCAACUCCAAGAACAAGUGUGACGCCAGGACGUACUGCUACAUGCUGCCCACGUUUGCCUUUGCCCACAAGGACCGGGACGUGCAGGACGAGACCUACCGCCUGAGCCCCGAGACGCUGCAGCAGGUCAACAGGCUCCUGGCCUGCUACAAGGGCACCCACAACUUCCACAACUUCACCUCGCAGAAGGGGCCGCGGGAGCCCAGCGCGCGGCGCUACAUCCUGGAGAUGCUCUGCGAGGAGCCCUUCGUGCGGGAGGGCCUGGAGUUCGCCGUGAUCAAGGUGAAGGGCCAGAGCUUCAUGACGCACCAGAUCCGGAAGAUGGUCGGCCUGGUGGUGGCCAUCGUGAAGGGCUACGCGCCCGAGAGCGUGCUGGAGCGCAGCUGGGGCGAGGAGAAGGUGGACGUGCCCAAGGCGCCGGGGCUGGGGCUGGUGCUGGAGAGGGUGCACUUCGAGAAGUACAACCAGCGCUUUGGCAACGACGGGCUGCACGAGCCCCUGGACUGGGCGCAGGAGGAGGGCAAGGUCGCGGCCUUCAAGGAGGAGCACAUCUACCCCACCAUCGUCAGCACCGAGCGGGACGAGCGCUCCAUGGCCCAGUGGCUCAGCACGCUGCCCGUCCACGACUUCAGCGCCACUGCCCUGGCGGCAGCUGGCACAGGUGCCAAGGUAGGGGCUGGGUCAUAGCGGUGCUGGGCUGGAGCACGUGCCC